AUCUUAGACGAGAUAAUUCUGAGUUCUGCGGUUGCGAAUUAGGUUAAUUUUAUUUUUCAAAAUUAUUUAUUCAGGAUGAUAGUAUUGUUUUUAUUCCUACUCCGAAAACACAAAAUAACCUGGUAAAGCAGUCAACAAAAUUACUGUCAAGAUUGUUAAUUUUUGAAACCUUUUAAACAGUACCUUUGAAAAAUGGUAUCAAAAAACGAAGACGACUUCUGGAAUACCAGUGCAUCUUCUGGUUUCAACUUCGAUGACGACGAAGAUUCCAACCAACCGUUCAAGGAAUUUGCUUUCAGCUCUACUUCUGAAGAAAACAGUAUUCUACCUAUUCAUUCUCUCAUAUCUAAGGCCAGUUUGGAUCUGAUACUAGAUGAUAUCAAAUCUACAAAUGACUACAUUGUUCCCCCAGUUGAGGAAACGAUCAAAAAAAUGUUCAACGGCCAAAAGUACGUUUUGGAGGUUUACAAAAAACUAACCGAUAAAUUGCUUCUCUUGGAUUCUGCUGUAAAUUCAAUGGACGGAAAUGUGAUAAUGGGUGUUGUUCUCUUUUUGAAAUCCACUCUGCGGCGUAACAUAUUUUAUCAUCAACUUGCAAAAAGAACUGUUGCCGUCAGACAUUAUGCUACUCAUUUGAUUGUUAAUGGUCAAUAUGAAGAACUGGCCGAUCUUUACAUGGUCACGGGUAACAAUUCUGGCAUGAGGCAAGUGUAUUACUUGAGCGGACGGGAUAUCAAGAAUAAAGACACCCUUCAUAAAAAGUUGGAACAUGUUAUGUUGGAACAUUUGCAGAAGGUCAGUAAUGACGAAAAACGAGAACUGAAUGAAAACAUGCAGCUGUUGCAAUGGCAAAUCGACAGAAAGGAGACUUGCAACUCAGUAAUCGAACAACUAGCCUCCCUCUGCAAAAAGGAAUGGGAGAGGAACAAAAACUCCAAUGACGCCAUAAUGGACUUUAAAGAGAAACUCAAAAUUGAUGAUUUCGCCUUCGAGUGGACUGCCAUGAACGUGUUGGCUUCUAUGCAGUCGUGGCCACAGCUGACAGCUUUAUUUAUGAAAUCGAACUGGUUGUCAAAGAAGAGUUCCCUCAAAACAGUCAUGCCAGCAGAAAUUUUCGUUUAUGGGAUCAGUAGGCACAGUCCCCCCAAGGAUGCUCUAGAGCAGUAUCUGCACGGCAUAUCGGACCAUGACAGAGCCCUGUAUCUUGCAGAAAAAUUGAACUGUCACAAAUUUGUCAUUCAUCACUUUAUCAACCAGCGAGAUAGACAAGCACUGCUCGCCUAUAAAGCCAAAGUUGUUCCCCAGAAUGAAGAAUAUUUCCUAAUCGAGAACGCUCUCCAAUCCAGUGAUAAAAAAUGGAAAAAUUGAGGCUUCAAUUCUACUUUUCCAUGACAUGAGAAUCUCUUUUUCUUAACUGGUUUCUCAAUGUUUUAUGGGUAUUUAACCUACAUAAUCUGAAAAUCAAAGUUGAACCAAUAGAGAAGCUGCUAAAAUGUAAUAAAGGGCAGAUAAAAAAUUCACCCUAAAAAGUUGCUGCAUAAUAUAAACCUCUGAAGUCAGUAAAUUGUUGAAUUCAUAAAUUUUACCGAUAGAUUGAAUAAUCAGUGGAAAAAUAAAAUUUUUGUACUUAG